ACAUAGCCUUGGAAAAAUUUUCAUUCAUUCUCUCCCCCUCCCAUCCACGCAACUCUCUUUCUCUGCAACUCCACUCUCCAACUGCAACAACGGUGGGAUUCCACCCAGACACCCAGAAGAUGAACAACAACAAAGGCAAAGCAGUCGCCGUCCCAAGCCCCAACGUCAACGACAUCGACGACGACGACGACGGCAACGGUAACAUCAGCGAAGACGAAUUGGACGACGACAGCAACAGAAGCAGUGGCGUCUCUUCGACUUCCAUCAGAUUCUCGUCCCGCAACACCUCCUCCAAAUACGACUUCGUCAAGGUGAAGGUCUGGCUGGGUGAUAAUGCAGACCACUACUACGUUCUGUCCAGAUUUUUGCUCAGUCGAAUGUUGACUGUCACUAAGAUCCCGAAUUAUGUAGCGAUUAAAAUAGCGCUGGAGCUCAAGAAGUUGCUGAUUGACAACAGUCUGCUAGAUGUUUCGCAGUCCGAUUUGGAAGUGAAUUUGUUUAAGCUUAUGGAACGAAGGGGUUAUGGGGAAGAGUACAUAAAUCGGUACAAGAUGAUGACCAGAUUUCACCAUCAACGAGUGCCAUUAGUUAUUCUUGUAUGUGGAACUGCCUGUGUUGGAAAGUCAACCAUUGCUACCCAACUCGCACAAAGAUUAAAUUUGCCUAAUGUCUUGCAGACGGAUAUGGUAUAUGAAUUGUUGCGCACGGCAACAGAUGCACCGUUGACAUCUACUCCUGUAUGGGCACGAGAUUUCAGCUCCUCUGAGGAAUUAAUUACUGAAUUUUGUAGGGAAUGCAGGAUUGUCCGUAAAGGAUUGGGUGGUGAUAUGAAGAAAGCCAUGAAAGAUGGAAAGCCAAUAAUAAUAGAGGGAAUACAUUUGGACCCAAGCAUUUAUUUAAUGGAAGAUGAUAAUAAAACACAUGAACAAGAGAAAACUCAGGAGGCAGACCCCGUUGCAGUAGAUGGUUCCAACACACAGAUGGAAAACAAUUCUCCAAGUGGAAGUUCAUCUGAAGUUUGCAACAGUACUGCACAUGUCAGCUGCAAAGAAGGGACACCAACUAACAAGGUGGACAAAGUCUCGAAUCACCUGGAAGCUAUUGGUCUAGCCAGAAGUGUUUCUGAGGAAAAAGGUGAAAGUGUUACUGAUCCAGAGUUGAGUAAAAGUACUUCUGUUAAGAAAGAGAAGUCUGGUACUAAACCAAUUAUUAUACCUAUAGUUUUGAAUAUGGCUGAAUUUGAUCAUAAGGCAUUACUAGAAGAGGAGAUCUCGACUUGUACAUUUAGUGAUAAAUCUAUAGCCCAGGAUAAAGAUAAGCUAAUACGCAACUUAAAGACCAUCCAGGACUAUCUUUGUUCAUUCAAUUCGCAGGGAUUGAGAGUCGUCAAUAUAUCAGCAACCACAUUUCCGCAAACACUGGAUUGGCUGCAUGGUUAUCUUCUUGAGUGUAUAGAGCACGGUAUUUCAUCAGUGUCCAAUGAAAAUAGUAGGCAGCCUGCGGAAAGUUAGACUGCAUUGCAAUGUUAGCUGACGGCUGAUAUUGUAAAAGGGGGAAAUGAUGAUGGUAGAGGUAAAACAAACACGAAAAAUACUAUGCUCGUCACCAACUUUACAUUCAUUUGUUUGUUCUUAAAUUCAUUCCUUGAUGAUAUCUGCUUGUGGUUCACAUAGAGCUGGAGAAAAGAACCAGUAACAGUUUUGAAACAGUGAUCGGCUGGAUGAUAUAGAUCAAAUGUCGGGAAACAAAACAGAGAACAAAUACUUAUACGCACCCUUGCAGCAGCAGCCGCAGCAGCUUGCAAAACAAAUUUCUACUUGCAUUAUUUGUUCUUCGGUACGAGAUGCCAGACUUCAACUAAAUGCAGCCUCUUUAACGCAUCCAAGACUACUCCAAAAUUCAAUUUUUCGAUACUAAAUUUCGGGCUUGGGAGAAACUUGCUGGCAGGCAAAAUCAGUCAAUAAGUUGUCUUUGUAGUGUUCGUAUGUAUAACUUAAGAGAUCCUGUAUUUAAGACAAUGAUGUUCUUAACCACUUGUUCGACGGUCGACACAUUAUUUGGACUGCUUCAGUUGUAUGUGCAUCUUCUUUGCCUUUUCUCUGUAUAUGUGAACAAAGAAACGCAAUAAAUUGUCUAUCGAUUAAUGCUA